UUGAUUAAGAGUCCUCUAUUUUCAACAAUAUCAUUUUGCUUUUAUAAUCAUUUUCAAGCUUUAUGUCUCUGUUCCAUGCAAUGAUGACAAAUCUGCAAACUCAUUUGCUGAUUUUGAUUCAGAUCUGUGUUGAUUCUCUCGGACUCAUCAUGUAACUGAUACGUUUACUGACUCACAAAUCCGUAUUGCUCCAAAAAAAUCCGCAAUUUUCACUUCCCGCAUAGAGUUGAUUAUCUGUGCAAAAUGUUGCGGCUGUGGUGGAGGCCGGAGGGAGGUACAAGAUCCCCGAAAGAAUCUGGCUUGACGGCGGCUUACAUCGAUCAGAAAGGACGGCGUCGUAGAGGAAUAUCGAUUAUAUACUCGAGCAUGACAUGUUAUAACUUUAGGGUUAUCAACAUCCAGGAGAAUUUCAGUCCCUCUGGGAUGCGAACGCAGUGUAAAGUUCACCGGUGGGCCUUUGUUGUAUUUCCGAAGCCGGUGUCCUUGCCUGGAAGAGGGUAGUGUUGCCGUGAAUAAGGAAGAGGCGGCGGCAUGAUGGAUUUAGUGAUACGGGGAGAAACUCUGGUGCCUAGUAGAUAACAUUAUCAAGAGCAGACAGAGACCAUAGUUAUGGAUCCUUCAUCAAAAAGAUAAAGACGAUAGUUAUGGAUCGAACAUAAUGAAAGAUUUUAGGAUCACUACUGCUUGGAAGACGAACAGUAAUAUGUUCAAUUUGACACCAUACAGCUAAGGUAUUUGCUGGUAGAAGUUUAUAAAGCCCCCUGAUACUGAAGCCAUAUAUCUAGAGCAACACAGUUAAGAGAGCUUUAGAUACUUCUCUUUAAGGUGAUUACUGCUUCUUGCCCAACUCUCAGACUACUUUCUACCAGAGUUUUUAAAAUGCAAAAUCCAAGAUGCAGCUUUCUAAUUCUUUUCAUUCAACUUGUUUCCAUCAUUAGCUUUUGCUCCUAUGCAAGGCAAAUAAGAGGUGAAGAUAAUAAAACUAGUGCUUUAGAGGUGGAUGUGGGCAUAAUUCUUGAUCUGGAAACAAAUGUGGGAAAAGUAAUGAACAUAUCUAUCUUACUAGCCCUUGCAGAUUACCAUGCCAACGCUAGUCGCGGUGCCAUUAAGAUAGUUCCUCAUUUCAGGGAUUCCAAGAGAAAUGAUGUUGAAGCAGCAUCUGCUGCCAUAAACUUGCUAAAGGAUGUCCAAGUGCAAGCUAUCUUUGGGCCACAAAUGUCUACACAAACUGAUUUUGUGAUUGACAUAGGGAACAGAACAAAAGUCCCUAUCAUUUCUCCAGCAACAAGUCCUUCACUCUCAGUCAAGGAAAAUCCCUUUUUCAUUAGAGGAGCACUUCCUUCUUCCAGCCAGACUAAAGCCAUUGCAGCAGUUGUCAGAAACUAUGAUUGGAGGCAGGUUGUGAUCAUCUACGAGGAUAGCUCCUAUGGAACUGGGAUAGUUCCACAUCUGACUGAUGCCUUGCUGGAAAUCAACACUUUAGUCUCCUAUAGAAGUGUUCUUUCUCCUUCAGCCAAUGAUGAUGAAAUCCUCAAGGAGUUAUACAAUUUGAACACAAAGCAGACCAGGGUAUUCAUCGUGCACUUGCAACCAUAUCUUGCCUCACGCCUUUUUCUCAAGGCCAAAGAAGCUGGAAUGAUGAGCAGUGGAUAUGCAUGGAUCAUCACAGAUGUGCUAACAAGUCUUCUGGACUCGGUAGAUAAUUCAGUCAUUGAGUCAUCAAUGCAAGGUGUUCUUGGUAUAAAACCUUAUAUUCCAAGAUCAAAUGAGCUAAACAAUUACACGAGGAGAUGGAGAAAGAGAUUCCGUCAAGAGUAUCCAGACAUGGACCCAGUUGAGCUCAAUGUUUACGGACUAUGGGCAUAUGAUAGCAUCACCGCAUUAACAAAAGCAAUAGCAAAAGUGGGCACUACCAUUAUCCCAAAAUUCAAGAAAGCUGACACUAGAGAGAAUUUAACGGACUUAGAUGCACUUGGAACCUCAGAAUUUGGUUCUCUGCUCCUUGACUCUAUGCAGAAUACAACACUAAAAACAGGACUAAGUGGUGAAUUCCGUAUCAUUGAUGGAGAAUUGCAGCUAUACACAUAUGAGAUUGUGAAUAUAAUUGGGAAAGGAGAGAGAAGCGUUGGAUUCUGGACAGAGAAGGAUGGCAUUUUGCAUAAACUGAAGAUGAAUAGUGAAACAGCUAAGAGUAUGAAUGAGCAACUAGCAGCCAUCAUUUGGCCCGGUGAAUCUACUAUUGUUCCGAGAGGCUGGGAAAUACCCACCAGUGGGGAGAAGUUGAAGGUUGGAGUUCCUGUCAAAGGAGGGCUGGAGCAAUUUAUUAAAGUGGAAAUCAAUGCCAAAACACAAGCAGUAACUGUAACUGGUUUCAUUCCAGAUGUCUUCAAAGAAGUCAUCGAACAUUUGCCAUAUGCCAUCCCUUAUGAAUUUAUUCCAUUUCCAAUAGAUAGCCCCACUUCUCAAGACUAUGAUGAUCUUGUUUACAAGAUCUCCUCAAAGGAAUAUGAUGCAGUUGUAGGUGAUGUGACCAUUUUAGCGAGCCGAGCCAAGUAUGUGGAUUUCACAUUACCUUUUUCAGAGUCUGGCAUAUCUGCUGUUGUGUCGGUAAGGAAUGACGAUAGAAAGAAUGCUUGGAUUUUCUUGAAACCCCUAAAGAGCGAGCUUUGGAUAACAACAGGAGGAUUCUUCAUCUUCAUUGGUUUUGUUGUUUGGGUACUUGAACAUCGUGUAAACAAAGAGUUUCGAGGACCCAAACACAAGCAAGUUGGGAUGAUAUUCUGGUUUUCCUUCUCAACUCUCGUUUUUGCUCAUAGAGAGAGGGUAACUAGUAACUUUACAAGAUUUGUGCUGAUUGUGUGGGUUUUCGUGGUUCUGGUGCUGACAUCAAGUUAUACUGCCAACUUAACAUCUAUGUUGACAGUGCAACAGCUCCAACCUUCUAUAACUGACCUGAAUGAUCUCAUCAAGAAUGGAGAAUAUGUUGGGUACCAAGAAGGUUCAUUUGUCAAAGACAUCUUGAAGCACAUGAAGUUUGACAGUUCCAAGUUCAGAAGUUAUAGCACAUUGGAAGAGUAUAGUGAUGCCCUCUCAAGAGGAAGUAAAAAUGGAGGUGUAGGUGCAAUUGUUGAUGAACUACCUUAUCUCAGACUCUUCCUCAACAAGUACUGCAGGAAGUAUAUUAUGGUCGGUCCGACAUACAAGGCUGCUGGCUUUGGAUUCGCAUUUCCAAAAGGAUCUCCUUUGGUACCUGAUGUCUCAAGAGCAGUCUUGCUGGUGAUGGAAGGAGAGUUUAUGAAUAACAUAAUACAAAAAUGGUUUGGGAAUGAAACAGAAUGUCCAAAGCAAGAUGGAAUGGCUAUAGCAUCUAGCCUCACACUAGAUAGUUUUAAGGGCCUUUUCCUCAUAACUGGUGUAUCAGCAGGCUCCGCUCUUCUCCUAUUCGUCCUCAUCUUCCUUUAUCAGAAUAGAGAAAUCUUAGCCACUGAUGAUUCAGUGUGGCAAAAGCUUUGUGCAAUAGCAAAUGCCUUUGAUAAAGAGAAAGACAACCGUAAUUCUAUGUCAGAAAAGCCAUCUGAAGGCAAUGAAAUUCAAACAGCUACGCUGUUUACAGAAAGUGAAGCUUCUACUGAAAUAUUGCCCAACUUUUCUUUGCAAAGCCCAGAAAUCAGAAUUUCCGACGGCCUAGGAGCAUCCCCUCCACCUGAAGGAUUCUCUACAACAGAACCUGGAACUCCAGUUCAUGAAAACAUUACAAGGAUAACUGAAGAGAGAUAAGCUAGGUUUAAAAUAGUUGAACCAUAUUAUAUUUGCAUCAAGAUGCGUCUCUAGUAUUUAGACCUUCAACAUCUUACAAUUGAAUUCCUUGCACUUUUGUAAUAUGCAUUCAAAAUUUAAUAUUUAUUGAAUUACUUUCCAUGUCAAAAUUAAAUUUCCAAUUUAAGAAUCCCUUUGAGUUA